CUGAUUUCAUCGAAUGUAUCUUGGUGCUACAGUCUGGCCGGGUCCUUGAGGGCGGAGGAGAACAUUCUGCAUGUCAUUUAUGAUUUUGACAAGUGGUCCUUUGACGAGAUACUUGCUGAAUGUCACCGUCUGCUGAGCGGCCAUGGCGCGGGAAGUACAGCGAGGUCUGUCCUGCUGAUCUGCAAGGGAGGACCGGGUUAUCUGUACUUGCUGAAGAAUUUUGUCAUGACCCCGCAGAAACUGACAAACUCUAAAUACCCGGCCAUGGUUGGGUAA